GCAGAUUUAUAUCAAAUUUAUAUUAAACUCUGUAUCAUAAUUUUAAGGCUGUAUAGAUCAAAGUGGUUUUACUUGCCUGGGUUUUCCGCUACCUUAAAUGUAGAUAAUAAAAAAAAAAAAAAAGAAAAGAAAAAGCAUCACCUCCUGAUUUUAUCAGUAGUUUUGUUGCCAUGGUAACGUCACCUAUAUGUCUGUAACCUUAAGGGGGUCGUCUUUAUAAUAAUAAAGACAAUUAUCUCAUGCAUGGCAAGGUAGUAUUAUGAUAUAAACAAAGUGUAUUAAAGCUUAAACCUAGAGUUAUAUAUAUCAUAUGAACAAGUUAUUUUGAGAUGAGAAAUACGGAAGUUAAUUUUGUCAUUGUUCACUUUUUAUGAAAAAGUCAUUCCAGUAUCUCUUGGCUACAACCCAGUAGCCAGAGACUGUUUGAACAGCUGUAAAACAAGUGUCACUAAACAGCACUUGAGUGUGUUAAGUUAUAUUUAAUUACCUGGAUUUUAAUUAAAAGGAUUUUAAAAAUAGUUGUUUGUAGUAAAGAGUUUAAUAGUGAAUAAGUUGAAAGGAUACAUAAAUUUGUUUGACAGUUUUUGAGAGGAAAUUUCAAGCUGUCGGCAUUGAUUAAAUAUUUGCUGACUCUUUAAGUCUACCCUUUAUACUAGUGUAACUAUAUUAAAUAAAAAAAAACAUACUUUCAAAGAAGAGUUGUUACAUAGGUUAGUGGAUAAAAGGAGUCAGUAUGGAUAAAGAGAGAUCAAAGACUGUUGUUCAUCGGAGCACGUCCGUUGAAAUUAAAGGCGAACAUGGCCCCAAAAGCCAUAAGAAAGUUAUGCAUCAUGGGAAAUCUGACCCUGGGUUACAAAAUUUGACUCUAACUCAAAUAAUGGAAGAUGGUGAUUAUGACCACCCACCACAUGUGGCAGGUCUUUCUCAGAGCGUUGGUCGAAAUACAGGUAUAACUAGGCAGAGGGUUUCCUCAGAGGGGGAGAUUCGGGUUACCAGGCCAUUGACCCUCAUUGAUAAAAAGCAGUUUGUUCAUAUGGAUCACCCCGACUAUUUGAAGAAAGUUGCGAUUUGUGGAUAUGGGGAUACAAUUUUCUAUGAGUUUAAUCAGAACCGCCCACUGGCACAUAUUGUACAAGAUAUUUGUGACAAGUGGACACUACAAAAUGUGGAAGAUUAUGCACUGCAGUUCUCCGAGCCAAGCAGACAGACUUACAUUACAGAGCAUAGUCGAGCUGAAAUACAGAAUGGCAAUGUGCUCCAGCUCACAGAUUCACCUAGUCGAGCAGCACAGACAAUUAUUGACAAGUUGACAGAAGGAAGUCGUGAGGACAAGAUUGAAUCUCUAAAGAGCCUGUCAAUGAAAUGUACUGAUGCAACAUUCUCAAACGAGUUCAUCAAGAAACAAGGACUCAAACUUAUUAUAGAUUACGUAAUAGCAGGGAAUAAAAGUUUUUCUGGUGACCCGCUGAUGUUCCUUUUGCGAUCCUUUGUUGCCUUGAUGGACCAUAAUGUUGUAUCAUGGGAUAUCUUGGAGCCAGAAUUUAUAAAACAGGUAGCUACAUGUAUAUCUGGUGCCCGUGCAGCAGGAGAUGGCUGUAUACAACCUUCACUGGAGAUACUGGAGAGUGUCAUUUUACACAGCACUGACAUUGCCAAGAUGGAAUCCAUGGAACAGUUCAUCACAGCAGAUAAAAUCAUACCAUAUAUGCAGAGUUCCAAUGCAGACGUACAACAAAGUGCAUUAGCACUGUUGAAUGCCAUGUUUAUCAAGUCUUCACCAGAUAAAAAACAGAAAUUAGCAAACUCCUUCCAGUCUAAAAUGUUUAGAAAUGUACUUUUAACUGGCAUUUUGAAUUCAGUACAAAAUAUUGGACCAGAGAUGUGCCAUCAGUUGUACACAUUGCAACGUUUAAUGUUAAAUAUGUACGAGAGUAGAAUGAAAACAGGAAUCAAUGUGAACGAAACAGCUCAGGUAACCAGUGUAAAUAAAUCAAUAGAAGAUCUGAGGAAGAUAGCAUUUGACUUCACAGAUUUGGCCGAUCCAAGCUCAGGACCUUCCAGAAAGUCAGCAAUAGCAAAAGAUCUGAAAAAAUUAGGAUUUGCGGUUGUUUUAGAGAACUGUGGUCGAGCCAAUGAGCAGGAUUGUCCGUUCGUUCAAGCGAGUAUCAGGCUGACCAAAAUACUUUGUGAUCUCUUAAAGAUUGGAGAAAGUCCAUGGAAAAAAAUGAGGGCUUCCAAAGAAGAUUUCCCAAAAGUACUGAGUGUAGUCAAUGAGCAGAUAACCCGAGCCUUGGACAAGAGUCAAAUGCCAAAAACAUUUGAGCAGUUCAAGAUCAGACUUGGACAUUUGGCAUACCCCGAGUUAAAGAAAAUUUGGGAAGCAGAACGGCAGAAAAAAGAUGAAAGUAAAGCUCAAGCUAAACCUAUCUUUGAUUGUACUAAUGCUAAACAUAUGGGUCACAGCAGUCACGAUAGGUACCAGUUCUGGCGACUGUCACCAAAUCACAAAGCCUUCCACUACGGCGAUUGUACAGAGUCAGAGGAGCCAAGUCUAGAACAAUUACAGAAUAAAGUAUCCGUAGUCGAUAUAAAGGAACUAGUCACCGGCAAAAACUGUUUACCUGUCAAAAAUGCUAAAAGGCUCCAGCCAGAACUGGCAUUUUCCAUGGUGCUGGAAUCUUCAAGAUCAGACGAGGAAGUGGCACAUCAUUUUUUAGCUAACACAGAACAGGAAUAUAUGAUCUGGACUGAUGGAAUAAAUGCAUUACUCAACUUAAAAAUGAUUAGUCCAAAGACGAAGCAGGAUAUGGAAGUAUUACUAAAUAUGGAAGUAAAGUUACGAUUACUUGAGACAGAGGGAAUUACAAUUCCAAAAGAACCCCCACCCAUCCCACCUCUACCUGCCAACUUCAAUUUUGCUUACACUACAGCAUAGUAAUAUCACAGACCUAAGACUUAAUAUCAACAGCUUGAUUUCUGUCUAUGUUGUACACUUGUUUUACAUCUGUGCAGCCUUGGCUUACAUCUGCACAGUUUUGGCUCAUGGCUGUGUAUACUUGGCUUAGUUGACCAUCCAAAGAUUUGAUUUAAUCAGCUCAGAUUUAUUUACACCAGCACAGAAUGGGCUUUCUCAAGUGGAUGGAAGAACUGAUGAGAUCUGUUGCGCUUAACGAAUGGAAUACCAACUGCUGACUAUAAGACCAAAAUACCACAGUGAUUAAACAGUAUGCUUACACUAGUUGGCAUGAAAUGUCAUAUUAGGGUAAAGGAUGGUUUAUAAACUGGUUCAGACUGUAUUCUUGUACAGGUAUUUGCAGAUUUCACAGAGUUAAGCUGGAAAUGUUCGAAGUAUAAAACAUGAACCUGAUUGUAUUUACAUUAACUUAUGAACUUUAUUAUAUUAAUAGAACUUUUUUCAGAAGAUGUUUAUUACAAGGUUCAUGUGCAGAAGGGUGUUUUUUCAUGUAGGCAUACAUGUAUAAAACUUGAAAUCUAGACCUCUCUGUCAAAUGUAUUCACAUCUACAUACAUCUUGCAUAAAAAAAACAAAGUGUACAUGUAUCACCUUCUGGAGUAGUGUUCCAUUGGUUCAGAUUUUAUGCCUUAUUUGUACAGUCAAAGAAGUAGAAAGUUACAAAAUUACACUGCCUUCCAUAUUAUGUUAAUUAAUAUGCAUACAUAUAAAAUUGUAUACAGAAUGUUUAGUAGAUUUUGUUUUUAAAUAAGUAAAGAUAGAGAAUAUUCCAUAUGUAUGUUAUGUUUAGGAUAUUGUAGAGAAUAUUUGUUUGUUUCAGUGUAAGAUUUUAAUAUCUUUUACUGAGUGAACUUCAGAUGCAAUUUUUUCACAAGUGGCAUAUCCACAAGUGAAAAUGUAAGGUCUUGGGUUCAUGACUUCAAAGAUAUUUUGAUUUUACAUGUAAGAUUAUGUAAAGACAAUAAAAUAUUCUUUUUAUUUCUUGUUUUUAUGCCCCCGAAGGGAGGCAUAUAGUUUUUGAACCGUCUGUCUGUCGGUCUGUCGAUCUGUCCGCAAUUUUCGUGUCCGGUCCAUAUCUUUGUCAUCGAUGGAUGGAUUUUCAAAUAACUUGGCAUGAAUGUGUACCACAGUAAGACGACGUGCAGUGCGCAAGACCAAGGUCCGUAGCUCAAAGGUCAAGGUCACACUUAGACGUUAAAGGAUAGUGCAUUGAUGGGCGUGUCCGGUCCAUAUCUUUGUCAUCGAUGGAUGGAUUUUCAAAUAACUUGGCAUGAAUGUGUACCACAGUAAGACGACAUGUCACACGCAAGACCCAGGUCCGUAGCUCAAAGGUCAAGGUCACACUUAGACGUUAAAGAUCAUUUUUCAUGAUAGUGCAUUGAUGGGCAUGUCCGGUCCAUAUCUUUGUCAUUGAUGCAUGGAUUUUAAAAUAACUAUGCAUGAAUGUGUGACACAGUAAGACGAUGUGUCGCGCGCAAGACCCAGCUCCAUAGGUCAAAGGUAUAAAACCUUGUGACCUCUCUAGAGGCCAUAAUUUUCAAUGGAUCUUCAUGAAAAUUGGUCUGAAUGUUCAUCUUGAUGAUAGCUAGGUCAAGUUCAAAACUGGGUCACGUGCGAUCAAAAACUAGGUCAGUAGGUCUAAAAAUAGAAAAACCUUGUGACCUUUCUAGAGGCCAUAUAUUUCACAAGAUCUUCAUGAAAAUUGGUCAGAACGUUCAUCUUGAUGAUAUCUAGGUCAAGUUCGAAACUGGGUCACGUGCCGUCAAAAACUAGGUCAGUAGGUCAAAUAAUAGAAAAACCUUGUGACCUCUCUAAAGGCCAUAUUUUUCAUGGGAUCUGUAUGAAAGUUGGUCUGAAUGUUCAUCUUGAUGAUAUCUAGGUCAAGUUCGAAAAUGGGUCACGUGCGGUCAAAAACUAGGUCAGUAGGUCUAAAAAUAGAAAAACUUUGUGACCUCUCUAGAGGCCAUAUAUUUCAUGAAAUCUUCAUGAAAAUUUGUCAGAAUGUUCACCUUUAUGAUAUCUAAGUCAAGUUCGAAAGUGGGUCACGUGCCGUUAAAAACUAGGUCAGUAGGUCAAAUAAUAGAAAAACCUUGUGACCUCUCUAGAAGCCAUAUUUUCCAUGGAAUCUGUAUGAAAGUUGGUCUGAAUGUUCAUCUUGAUGAUAUCUAGGUCAAGUUUGAAAGUGGGUCACGUGCCGUCAAAAACUAGGUCAGUAGGUCAAAUAAUAGAAAAACCUUGUGACCUCUCUAAAGGCCAUAUUUUUCAAUGGAUCUUCAUGAAUGUUGGUCUGAAUGUUCAUCUUGAUGAUAUCUAGGUCAAGUUUGAAACUGGGUCAACUGCGAUCAAAAACUAGGUCAGUAGGUCUUGAAAUAGAAAAACCUUGUGACCUCUCUAGAGGCCAUACCCUUGAAUGGAUCUUCAUGAAAAUUGGUCAGAAUGUUCACCUUGAUGAUAUCUAGGUCAAGUUUGAAACUGGGUCAUGUGCCUGAAAAAACUAGGUCAAUAGGUCAAAUAAUAGAAAAACCUUGUGACCUCUCUAAAGACCAUAUUUUUCAAUGGAUCUUCAUGAAAAUUGGUCAGAAUUUUUAUCUUGAUAAUAUCUAGGUCAAGUUCAAAACUGGGUCACAUGAGCUCAAAAACUAGGUCACUAUGUCAAAUAAUAGAAAAAACGACGUCAUACUCAAAACUGGAUCAUGUGGGAAGAGGUGAGCGAUUCAGGACCAUCAUGGUCCUCUUGUUUAAGUCUUUGCCUUUUUCAAAGUAUAUUUUUGAUAAGAAUUCAAGAUUAUAAUUAACAUAUAUACUUCUGCAUUGAAGUAUUUUUUCAUACGAUUUGGAUGUUUGAUCUAACUUUUCAGUUAUCCACAGAAAAACAUGUAAUAAAACUGUUUUUAUAGCUUUAAAUGUGCAAUAUGUUUUAUUAGCUCAUUAGAGCCUUUCUGUGUAAAGGCCUUGUAUGUUUGUUAUUAUAAAUGUACCAAGCAUUAAUUUUGUUUUUGCUUUUCUUGUUUUGUAGUCUUCCUUUGAAAUGUGAGUUAUAAACUGGGAAAUUUUAAAAAGGUCACAUCUCAAUAUAAGUUUUCAACAUUGCUUUUAAGCAGAUUCUUAAGUGACAAUAUUUUUAUUAUGCCCCCGGCAUCUACUGAUGCGGGAGGCAUAUAGUGAUUGUCCUGUCCGUUCGUCCGUCCGUACGAGGUUAACCAAAUGGGACCGUUUCGUCUAGCAUCAAUACCCCUUACUAGAAUGACUUGAUACUAAUGCAGAUGUAACCUGUGACCAUUCCUCAUCUUCAAACA